GACGUCCGGCCGGAUUGGCCAAUUGGCCACAACCGUGAGUUUUUGAAUGUCAACGACAAGAGACUGGGUGAGAGACCGGGCGACGCUGACGGGAAACGUGCACGAUUGAACGAGCGAGUGCGAAGAGUGAUGCGCCCGGUGAUGCUAGGACAUUAGACACGAGGAUUCUCCGACCUUCCGCACGCACAGGACGAGACUCAGGCAGGAUUUAGGCACGGAACAAAAGUACCAAAGUUUUAACUUGUACAAAAAUGGCACCUCCAAAAGUAUUACUUGGACAGAACAGACAAAACAGCACCAUAAGCUUAAGGAAAGGAAUGACAACCAGGAGUCAAAAUGCUAUACUAAACAAUGUAUUGAAACCAUCUCUUGGCAGAGAUAUUCGUGUUAAACGGAAAGCAGAAGCUUCACCACCUAAAGAAAAGACAGUCAAAAGAUCUGCUUUCACAAACAUUACUAAUGCUAUUACUACAUCAUUAGGAGGACAGCAUCAUGCAUCAAAAAAACCAGUUACUCAUGUAAAACCAGUUGUAAUGGACAAACCUGCAGACAUUAAUAUCGCAAAAGUUUUACCAGUGAAAUCAAAACCACUGCCUCGUAUUAAGCCCAUUAUUAAAAAGGAUGAUAAAACGGAAAUUCCCAAUAAGGUCGCAAAUAUUAGACUCAGUGCAGAUCUAGAGAAGUCAGAAGACAAUUCACUGUAUGUUAGUGCAUUGGAAGAUGUUACAGAUAGUCUGAAGAAAACUCGUAGAAGCAACAAUAAGGUUGAUGAGAAUGAGAAAAAAAUCGAAACGGACGCAAAGAGUGAACCUACAUCUUCAGUGAGCAAGAAGAAAGAAUUGACUGCCGCCCAAUUAAUCACUAUACCCGAGAGCAAACUACCCAAAGACGUGCAGUGGGACUUUGAUAUCGAGAAUUGGCUAGAUCCAUUUCAAGUGUCGCAUUAUGCGAUGGACAUCUUUCAAUAUUUAAAAGAACGAGAACGUUUAUUUUGCAUCGCCAAUUAUAUGGAGCGACAAGUAUGUUUAUCGCGAUGGAUGCGAGCACUAUUAAUCGACUGGAUGGUUGAGGUACAGGAAUCGUUCGAGCUCAAUCACGAGACUCUUUAUUUGGCCGUGAAAUUGGUCGAUCUAUACCUGACAAAGGUGACGGUCGGCAAGGAGACUCUGCAGUUGCUCGGCGCUGCGAGUCUUUUCAUAUCGAGUAAAUUUGAUGAAAGGAUACCGCCAAUGGUAGAAGAUUUUUUAUACAUAUGUGAUGGCGCUUACACACAGAUGGAUCUCAUCAGGAUGGAAAUGAAUGUUUUAAAAGUAGUCAAUUUUGAUUUGGGAAUACCUCUCUCUUACAGGUUUCUUCGGCGUUAUGCCAGGUGUGCCAAAGUGUCAAUGCCAACAUUAACUUUGGCUCGAUUUAUAUUGGAGUACUCGCUGAUGGAUUACUCGAUGAUCACGUUCAGCGAUAGUAAAAUGGCAGCAGCGGCGCUACUACUAGCAUUGCUAAUGAAAGACCUGGGAGGAUGGACUGCAACAUUAGAAUACUAUAGCGGUUACAAACUUGACGACAUAAGAGAUAUCUGCAAUCUUUUGAACCAGUGCCUCCAUAAGAAACAUAAAGAAUCUCUAAUGACAGUUCGCAAUAAAUACAGCCAUAAGAUUUUCUUCGAAGUAGCAAAGCUGCCACUAAAAGAAACUUUAGAUAUAUAGCGCCAUGCUUUUAUCUUGCGAAGUAAAUUUUCAACCGAGAUUCAUGACACCGAGUUUUCAAUAUACAAACGAUGAAAAGUAAUGCGCAUGGUUAAGUUUUUUGAAAACGAAUAAAUGUAUUUUAACAAAUCGAAAAAAGAAAUAAAAUUUAUUUUUUUAUAUAGUUUUAUAACAUUUAAUACAUUGAGUCUAAUAGAAUACAAACUUUUAUCGUCUAAUUUUUUGUUUAUUUAUAAAUAAAGAUUUUUCUUAAAUUGAUAAAAGAAAUAUAAAACAUAUAACUCCUGAUUUGACUUGAAUUUGAUGCUUUGUAUCUCUCACAAAAAUUGACUUGCUAUGUUCGGCUAAUUUUAGAACUUAUAAUAUUUAUAGGUAAUAUUUAUAUGUACUUGUACAACAAAUUUUGCUCAUUGUUAGAGCAUUUUCUCGCUGAAAGCGAUAAAUUUCAUUAAACAGCAUAUUAUUUUAUUAAUUCCUAAUUAACAUAAUUAUCUGUGGUUUUACAUCGUUAAAUGCUGUCAAAAAAUUGUUAAUUAAAAAAAUAAAAUCACAUUUCUGUAAAAAGUAACCGAACAACUACAUAUCUUAUUUUGAGCAUCUUGCAUCUCAUGUCACUCUGAGACACUGGACCAUGUGCAUUACUUUUUAACCUUCCUCUCUCUUAUUCUACUUUUCUCUCUGCAUCUUUUUCUCUCUUCUCUCCUGUUUUGAUCUAAUCUUAAUUCUUUGAUACUUUCUGUUCCAAAAAUAUUUCUGUAAAAUUAAGAAGUACUACCACCUACUGAUUAACAAUGUAAACCUGAUUACGCUCAGAGCAAAUAAUCGUGCGGUAAUUUUUACUCAAAGUGUUAUCGUAUAAAUAGUAUGGCGCAUUGUUAUGCAUCGUUGUUGUAUUUUACAGUCGACUUUCUGUAUUUUUUCAAGCUUUUUAUUAACUUUUCUAUUUUUGACUUUUUCUUUCAUCUCCGUUAUUAUUCCAAUAUUAUUACAAUACUUAUUCGACAAUCAAACUGUUUGAAUAUAAAUAAAUGCUGAAAAGAAAGUCAAAAAUAAAGAAGCUAAACUUUCAAUCCCAUUGAGGAAAAGUACAGAUUCGACUGUAUACAAAGGCUGCGUUCGCUUUCAGCGCUGUAAGCAUCUUUUGUCUUCGUUUGAUAUUCGAUGUGCAACGAAGACAGAAGAUGCUUCUAGCGCUGAAAGUAUCCAAAACGAACGCAGCCAGAGUGUAUCUCAAACUAUAUCAGAGAUUUUAAGGGCAUAUUCUAAGGGUUACAAUAAGAGAAACAGUUCCUACAAACAUGGGCUCAAAAAUGCUUCCCCUCCGAGUUAGCCCUUUAAAGUUGGAGGGAAAAAUCGAAAAAUGUAUUGUAACUUUCGGAAAUUUUACCGAAAGUUACAAUACAUUUUUCAAUUUUUUUCACCCAUUUUUAAGAGAAUUAUAACUCGAAGGGAAAGCAUUUCUGAACCUACGUUUAUAGGAAUUUUUUUCUCAUUUUCACUAAAAAAAUAGAUCUAGAAUACCCUUCAAAUCUCUGAUAUAGUUUCAGAAACACCCUAUAUAAACUGAUGAUGAAGCUCAUGUUGCCAGAGUGAAAAAUUUUGAGUUCUUAUUGUUACAAUCGCGAAUCAAAAUUUGUAUCGUGUAUGUGAGAUUCUUUCAAUUGAAGAAAAGAUAUGUCUGAUAUUUUAUCGCGAUAUAAGAUUACAAUGAUCUAACAAUAAGUUAGCUAUGUAGAUUAUAAUCUAGGUACGAUUUAAGCUUCUUUUUUGUAUAUUUAGUGAAGUAAGUCUUCUCCUCCAUUUUGAAAAUGCACUCUACAAACGAAGCCAAUAUCGAUAUAUUUAUAUUCUGCUAAGUUACAACUUUAUUUUAUUACAAGUUACAAGUUUAUUUUAUGAUUACAAAUUGUAAAAUAGAUAUCAUAAAAUAUGGGCACUAUUUAUAGUUAAAUUGUCAUUCGCGAUAAGAUGUAUCUAAUUUAUAAUCAAUUACUUAGAGAGUUAAAUUUUUCACUUUUUUCCUCUAAUUCUGCAAUAGCCGAUUAUUUGGAAUUUAUAUAUUUCGAGUGCCAAAACUAAAUUAAUAAUUAGCAAAAAAAUGCAACUCAUAUUAUUAUAUUCACACAAACGAGUAGGACGUUUCAACGCAUUGUAUACUACUAGUGUUACUUAUAGUACUUUUUCUAAAUUAAAGGCAUUCAGAACAA